CUAGUCACCGAGCAAACGCUGGCAGUUUACUCUGAAGCGUGAAGCUUUCACAAUGGAUUGUUCAACCCUUCUUCUGCUCUUGGUAAUUUUUGGUUUUACGUUUAUCAACUCUGCUCCAACGUUUGACAGUCGUCGCCUAGAUGUUGAUGGAUAUCUUCGAACAUACGGGUUCACCACUCAAGAAAUCAAAAGCUCGGCUCACAAGGAAUCAAGGAAGAAAGCAAUUAAAUUAUUUCAGAAAUACUACGGGUUACAAAAGACGGGCUUGGUUGAUGAUGCAACGUACCGCCUUAUGACGUCAUCAAGAUGCGGGGUACCCGAUAACCCUGAAAUCCUGGCCAGUUAUGAUGACUACACCAAUGCAACAAAACCUCUUGCCUAUAAACUGACAGGUCCCACAUGGAAGGAUUCCACUAUUCGAUGGGGAAUUUCACAGUAUACGAACCAGUUGCAGCGUGACUCACAGCGAAAGACAUUGACCGAUGCGUUUCAACGAUGGCAAGCAGUGUCUGGUCUCAAAUUUGUCUAUGCAGAUGAGAAACCCGAUAUUGACAUCAGAUUUGUGUCUCGGGACCAUGGCGAUGGGAGUGCAUUUGACGGGAGAAGCAAUAAUUUGAAAGGCAACGUGCUUGCCCACGCCUUUCCCCCCGGAGGUGCGGGAUUGUCUGGAGACGCCCACUUUGACAACGAUGAGCUGUGGACCACAGACAUUGACAACAAAGACUGGGAAAGGAAGUACUUAGAGAAAGUUGCUGCACACGAGUUUGGCCAUUCUCUUGGCUUACAGCACUCCAACAUCGACGGGGCUCUCAUGAGUGCCUACUACUCCGGCGCCAUAAGAAAAUACCAACUCUCCGAUGACGACAUUAAUGCCAUACAGUUUUUAUACGGCAAACCUUCAGGAUGGUUUCCCACUCUAGGAGGAUUCGUUCCAACACAGGCUCCGUCAGUUCCAACGUGUAACAACCUGUUCCAGGCCGUGGUUUGGGGCACUGAUAGACAGGCAUAUGGGAUCUACAUGGACCAAGCAUAUGCAAUGAACGACGACAAGUAUGCUAAGAGUAUCCCCAAGAGGCUUCAGAAUGUGUUCCCAGGAGCCCCAGUGGAGGUGGACUUUGCCUUCACUAUGAACAAAAAUGCACGGACUGUUACCUACAUGUUUAUGGGCCCAAACGUUUGGCGGUUUACUGGCUAUACCCUGGACAAGGAUUACCCAGUGGGUUUUGAUGUCAGUAAACUGCCCGAACCACCCAUCUCAGCAGUAGUGGGCAAUGAAAGAGGCCGCGAGACAAUAUUUAUGUUUGGGCGAUCAAAAUGGUGGAUUUGGGACGAGAGCCGGGACAACGUGGUGCAUGGUUUGGAGUAUGAAGGUUUCUGGCCUCACAACCCGUCAAAAUAUCCUCUAGUCACAAAAUAUAUUGACGGCGACGUCUAUUUCAUACACAACGAUAAUCACGUGAGACUGAACGACCAACGAACUGUCAAAAAAGGUUACCCAAAGAAGGGGGUACCCGAAUGGAUAUACCAGUCCUGUCCGAACACGGCAAGGACAUUAGGAACAACGGACUAUUUCUGCUCCAUGCUAUGCGCCCUGGUACUCCUGUGUACAACUAUAUGGAGGCAGUAAUCAUUUGCAGUGCAUUUGACUCUUUGCUCAAGGUGUUAUAUUUCUCUCAGGACCAAUCAAAACAUUACGUGGAACUUCCGUAAUCAGUUACACCCGGGAAUUAAACUGCACUCGGUACUUUGAUAUUUUGGGUGCUGAACUUGGACUUUAUGGAAAAACAUAUAUUAUCCCCAAAAUUGUUUAAAAAAAUAUACUGAAAACUCGAGUGUAACGAAAAUUCAGACUGCUGGAACAAAAGAUAUUUUCUAUCACAAAAAUAAUACAUUGUUGCAAGGGUUUUUUAGAAAACAUUUAUGGUUUUAGUUUUAAUUAAAACCUGGUUUUGAAGCUGUGGCUGAAAGCAUUCCACCUUCACGUGCCACGAGACACUUUCAAGAGUCUCACACAAACUAGUUAAAAAGGAUUUACAUAUUAUUUGAACAUGAAAUAUGCUGUCAAUGUAUAUAUAGGCAGUAGAAAGUCUGAAGUAUGAAUCUAUAUUUAUUUUUGCGAUAGCAUUAAUAGAACUAAAAUAUGAGACUGAUAUUUAUGCAAUACCUAAUUAUUUGUAUAUACAUAAAACAUGUAUAUGUAAUUACAUAUUAAUAUAUGAGCAUGUAUAUAUGUUCAGACGCAGACAAUACAUAUAAGUGCUCUGUAAGUUUGUAAAAAAGUUUUUCACAUUUUGUAAAUAUCUAUCUGAAGAAAAAUGAUUGGAAAAGAUACUUCUGUGAAUGAUCGUAUUUAUGCAAUGAAUGGAAGAAAUAGGACAUGUAUAUACACGAAGACUUGUAGUUGUAAUAUCUUGCCUUGCCUCCCACAGCCGUGACCAUGUUAAUGCUAUAUGUUCGAUAGAGAUGUGAUCUGGGCCCGUUUUACGAAGCUCUCGUAAGCCUAAGAUCUCGUAACAUUUCUCGUAGUAUUCGUACCUCCUACAGUGUACAUAGGAGGUACGAAUGCUACGAGAAAAGUUACGAGAUCUUAGGAUUACGAGAGCUUUGUGAAACUGGGCCCUAGCCUGUACCUGUAUACACUUCACGUAAUAACGGCGAGCCUAAUUUUUCCCCUUAUAAAUGUAUACAUGAAUUUAGUUUUUAUACAUACCAAUACUAAUAACUCAUAAUUGUAAUAUCUUUUAAUUUCAAACGGAAUUAUAUGUGAUCAUAAUUAUAAUAAUAAUAAUAAUAAAAAUAGAUAAACUAUUGAUAAGAAUAGUUGAAUUGAACAAGACGUUAUCAAAUUUCAGCUGUGCAAAACUUCAUACUCUGGUUGAUUUUUUAAUUAAAUCCUUGGGGAAUUGAUUAAACCCAGA